CGGGCCCUCCGCAGGCAACCUCCCGCUGCUCAGUUUUCUGGAUCACGUCUGGAACGCUUCUCCCGCCCUCACAGACUCAAUCCAGAAAUCGAAACUGAACCAGUCUUCAUGCAGAAGGCGCCUGCACCCCCUGGAUCUUCUGGUCGGCCACAGGACUCUGCCCUGACCCCCACGCCCACCAUGCCUCCCCCAGAGGAACCCUCCGAAGACCAUGAACACAGCCAAAGCCCUGCGGAGCAAGCCAUAAAGGAAGAAUUUCAGUUUCUGCGCUGCCCGGGCUGCCAGGCCCAAGCCAAGUGCCCCAAACUGCUGCCUUGCCUGCACACGCUGUGCUCCGGAUGCCUGGAGGCACCUGGCCUGCAGUGCCCCAUCUGCCAGGCACCCGGGUCGGCCGGUGCUAAUGGGGAGGCCCUGGAUAACGUGUUCUUCGAGAGCCUGCAGCGGCGCCUGGCGGUGUUCCGGCAGAUCGUGGAUGCGCAGGCUGCUUGCACCCGCUGCAAAGAAUUGGCUGACUUCUGGUGUUUCGAGUGUGAACAGCUCAUGUGCGGCAAGUGCUUCGAUGCACAUCAGUGGUACCUCAAGCAUGAGGCCCGACCCCUAGCCGAGCUCCGCGACAACUCAGUGAGCGAAUUCCUCGACAGUACUCGCAAGUCCAUCAUCUUCUGCUCCAAUUCCAACCACCGCACCCCUGCGCAGACCAACAUCUACUGCCGAGGCUGUGCCAAGCCUCUGUGUUGCACAUGCGCACUCCUGGACCGCAACCACAGCCAUCUCCAGUGCGAUAUUGGUGAGGAGAUCCAGCAGCGGCAUGAGGAGCUAGGCACCAUGACGCAGGCUCUGGAAGAGCAGGGCAGAAUCUUCGACAGUGCCCAUGCACAGAUGCGCUCAGCCAUAGGCCAGCUGGACCAAGCACGCGCAGACAUUGAGAAGCAGAUCCGCGCACGCGUGCGCCAGGUGGUAGAUUAUGUUCAGGCUCAGGAGCGCGAGCUGCUCGAAGCGGUGAAUGUACGCUACCAGCGCGACUAUCAGAAAAUAGCUGGCCAGGUGGGCUGCCUGGAAGCUGUGCUGCAGCGCAUCCGCACUAGUGGAGCGCUGGUCAAGAGGAUGAAGCUUUACGCCUCCGAUCAGGAGGUGCUGGAUAUGCACAGCUUUCUGCGCACGGCACUCUGUGGCUUGCGCCAGGAGGAGCCCCAGAACCAAAAAGUCCGCCUGCUCACCAGCGGCUUCGAGGAGUUCAAGUUGUGCCUGCAAGACCUCAUCUCCUGCAUCACCCAGAGGACAGAUGCAGCUGUAGCUACGAGAGCCAGCCCAGAGGCAGCCAGCACUCACCCAGAGGCAGCCAGCACUCACCCAGAGGCAGCCAGCACUCACCCAGAGGCAGCCAGCACUCACCCAGAAGCAGCCAGCACUCCUAAGGACUCAGUUGACCUUGAGCAGCCCAAAGAAGUGCAGAGGGUACAGGCUGAGGCCCUGGAGCUGUCUAAGACCCAACCUGUGGCUAUGAUAAAGACAGUGCCUGGAGCGCACCCUGUCCCAGUGUAUGCCUUCUCUAUGAAAGGCCCCACCUACAAAGAGGAGGCGUCUCAGACAGUCAGCCCCAUGAAGAGGAAGUGCUGCCACCAAGAUUGCUCCAGGAAAAUCAUCAAGAUGGAGUCCACCGAGGAGAAUGAGGACAGGUCGGCCACAAGCUCCCCUGAACAACCCAGGCCCAGCACUUCCAAGGCCACCUCACCUCCCCAUCUGGACAGGCCAUCCAGCCCCGAGAGCACCAUCCCUGAAAAAGAGACCCUCCUGCCCAUCAACAAUCAUGUUACCAGCAACACAGGGGAAACAGAGGAGCGAAUCGUGGUGAUCAGCAGCUCAGAGGACUCAGACGCCGAGAAUCUGUCUUCACACGAGCUGGAUGAUAGCAGCAGUGAGUCCAUCAGCAUACAGCUGGAGGGCCCCAAUUCCCUCAAGGCCUUGGAUGAGAGCCUCACUGAACCCUGCUUAGAAGACAGGACCCUGGUUUUCUUUGACCUCAAGAUUGACAAUGAAACCCAGAAAAUUAGCCAGCUGGCAGCCGUGAACCGGGAAACCAAGUUCCGAGUGCUCAUCCAGCCCGAGGCAUUCAGUGUCUACUCUAAGGCUGUCUCCCUGGAGGUGGGGCUGCAGCACCUCCUCAGCUUCCUCACCUCCAUGCACCGUCCCAUCUUGGCAUGUCCUAGGCUGUGGGGGCCCGGACUCCCCAUCUUCUUCCAGGCCCUGAAUGAUAUUAACAAGCUGCAGGAAUUCCAGGACGCCAUCUCGGGUUUCUUGGCUGUGUUGCCCCUCAUCCAGGAACGCAUCCCUGGCGCCAGCAGCUUCAAACUUAGGAACCUAACCAAGACCUACCUGGCAAGAAACAUGAGCGAACGCAGUGCCCUGGCCUCUGUGCUGGCCAUGAGAGACCUGUGUUGCCUCCUUGAGGUCUCCCCAGGACUGCCGCUGGCCCAGCAUAUCUACUCCUUCUGUAACUUGCAGUGCUUUGCUUCCCUGCAGCCCCUAAUUCAGGCCAAUGUCCUGCCACAGCCUGAGGCCCACCUCUUGGCCCUCCACAAUGUGAACUUAGAAGAAUUGCUGACCGCAUACCGCACCAACAGGCAAGAAGGCUUGAAGAAGUAUGUCCGCUAUCUGAGGCUGCAGACCACCCCGUCCUCGGCUUCCACCCAAGUUGCCCAAUUCCUGCUGGGUCUGAGCAUCUACAUGGAAGGACUGUUGGAAGGCCAUGCCCCUGCUGCGGUAGAAGGCAAUACUGCUUCUCUCUCUGGCAGAGCUGAAAAUAAGGGAUGCCUGGCCUAGCUGCUCAGCACAGAGGGAGGGGCAUCCCUGAGCCAGUCCCCACCCUUCAGUACAUUCCCUGGUCCUGAUCAUUUCGUUCAGAACAGGUGUCCUUCCUCUGUGACCAAACGCCCUUUCUCUAAAAUUCUUGUGGCAAACACCAAAGGCAACCCAGACCUAGAUUUCCCUUCUAGAAGCCAGAACCAGGAAGGCUUACAUAAAGAAGUCUCUGGGCUCUCAAGAGCCCCCGUCACCACCUACCACUACCACAGGUGGCCUUGCAGCUCUCUCCCUGGAUGCUCAAUCCAUGUCCCAAGUGACCUGCUGAUGGCCCACAAAUAAUACUUUAAGGUGGCACUCACCGCUAUACCAGCAGCCCCAUGAGCACUCAAAGUGCCUUUCGAACCAAAAUGCCCUCAUGAAUUUAAGUUCUCUCAGCCCCAACCGCCCAGAGGCCAACUGUGUUCACUUCCAUUUUUCUUAAAAGUACUUUCAUUCCAAAGGGGCCUGCUGUAGCAGAGAGCUAGGAACUGUUGCCCCAUUCAUACUCUUUCCACACACUGACCCUUCAGACUUUGUUUUGUUUGUCAGGCCUCCCGACUCCUCCCUGCACUCGGCCCUUCCAUGGGACAUCCAGCGGAGCACCGGCAUCCCGAGCUUGGGAAGGUCUCUGGAAUCAGGCUCUCUGGAGCAGGGCCUGUAAUGUUAACAAGCUCUCCGGAUGGCUCUGUAUGCUCAACUCUGAGCAUCACUGUUGCCUCACCACACAUACCCCCACCCCCACCCCCACGCUCACCCCCAAAAGGAAGCAGAGAAAGCCCCUGGCCAUGCACAUUGAGUAUGAUCAGGAAAAGGCCAGAAUUCCAGUGUUCUGUGAGAUUGGCUGACCUGCAUUAUUAUCCCGGUCCUCAACCCCUGGACUUUCAGGGUUGGGCAGCAGGUUACUGGAGCAGCAGAUGAGAAGCAUCCAUACCCUUGGACCCCAACUCCCAUUCUGAGCCUUUGGUCCCUGACCUUGUGGCCAUCUUGAAGGUCAGUUGUUCCCCGUGGUUGGCUGAACUGCUGUUGCUGUCCACCUUCCACCCUGACCCAUUCCCUGCUUGCUUCUGGGGUGUUUUUCAGAUACCCCAGAGUGCCAGUCUUGAUAGCCUGAUGGCCCCCACUUUCCUAUGGGUGAUGCCUGCAUGCCCACACCUCUGACUCAUCCUAUGGCUCUUCUAAGGCAGUGGUUCUCAACUCUCCCAAUGCUGCACCCUGUAAUACAGUUACUCAUGUGUGGUGACCCCCAGCCAUAAAAUUAUUUUGUUGCUACUUCAUAACUGUAGUUUUGCUGCUGUCAAUGAACCGUAAUGUAAACAUCUGGUCUGGAGACUAUCUGAUCUGUGACCCCUAUGAAAGGGUCGUUUGACCCCUCCCAAUGGGUCACAACCAACAGGCUGCUUGAAGACAUUCUGUAGAAGCUCAUUCCUGCCACAGGAAGUUUGAACUCUGAAAACUAUCCAUUAGAGCUCUGGUUGUGGGUGGGGAAAGGAGGUUGAGACCCUCGCCUGGCUGUACUGGUGAGGUGGUGCUGGCCAUGUCUCAUACCUUGCCCUCAGCCUAUCCCUCAACUAAACAGGGCCCACGGAGUCCCAGCCUCAGCAGGUUGCUUGUCUUCAGCUGAUGGUGGAUUAAUGACAGAAGGAAGCCCCGCCCCUCACUGCUGUCACAGCUUUAAUAAACAUGUGAAUCCUGAAACAUAAA